GCGCGCGCGCCGCCAGCCGGCCGUCGAGCUGCCCGAACAGGAGGAGGAGGAACAGGAGGAGCCUCUGCCGAAGAAGGAGGACGUGUGCCGUGUGUGCCAGUCGACCAACGAGGACGAGAUGAUCUUCUGCACCCGGUGUCCGGCGGCUUUCCACAAGACGUGUCACGACCCGGCCGUGCUACUGCGCGUCAGACCGGGCUGGGAGUGCAUGGACUGCAAGGGUGCCCCGAAGAAGCGCCGAGGUCGCGGCGCCUCGCAGCCGCUGCCGUCGGCCCUGCUGCGCGCAGCCCGCGCCGGGAGCGGCGACUCGCACGACGAGGACGAGGAAGCCGCUCAUGAGGAGGAUGGCGCCGAGGGCGAGGGGGAAGAGGAGCCCGCGGUGGCGGAGGAAGCUGCUCGCGAGGAGGACGACGCGGAGGAGGAGGAGGCAGCUCCGCGAGCGCGGGCGCGACGGUCGGCCGGCCGAUCGCGCCCCGCCGGUCGGGCGGCGCGCCGCCGGCCGCUGUUCAGCAGCGAGUCGGAGGACGAGCGUCACAUCCGCCAGCUGAGCUCGGAUGAGGAGAGCUGGGCGCCGCGGGCGCGGCGCAGCUCCGCCAGCCGGCGCACUGAGGUGCGCCACCGCUGCCGCCGCCAGCCGCGCAAGACCUACCAGGAGCGCGAGGAGAGCGACCUGGAACCGAGCGCGCCGGGCUCGCCGACCGGCGCGGCCGCCGCACCGGACACGCCUGAGCCGCCGGCGCGGCCCUCGCCCAGCAAAGUGGAGCUGAUCCAGCAGGCUGGCGCAGUCUGCAUGUACUGCGACCAGCCGCGCACGCGCCGGAACGAGCUGGCCGUGUGUCAGUCGUGCUCGAACCUGUACCACCGGCGGUGCGCGGCGCGCGCCGGCCUUGUCGACGCCUGGCAGUGCUCGGUGUGCGUCAUGCCGGCCGUGCACCGCUCCAGGCCCGUCAAACCACCCGUGAGCGAGGACUUCGAGUACGACGAGUGAUGGCCGCUGGCGCCGUUAGAUUAUUUUCGUACAGCUCGUGUAGCCGGCGGAUGCGCGUGCCGGCUGGGAGGCCCGCUGUCCGCCGCCGGCGUCCGCCCGCUGCACGGCGACACCACCGCCGCCGCCGCCGCUGCCGCCGUCGCCGUCUGUUGUCGUUAGCGGCGAGCUGCCGCCGCCUGUUGUCCGUCUCCCUGUAGUGUUUUAGUCCGCUGUAGCCCUCAGUCUCGCCGUUUAGGUUCCCGCGCACAAGGUCGGACUGUCCCGGAGCCAAGCGAACAGUGAUCCUUCUAGAUGAGUUGCACAUCCGUAGUCGGUGUAAGGCCUAUUUAAUUGAUAUUCCCCCAUGCUCUGGCAAAUACAUGACUUCUGGUUCAG